AUGCGAAAGCUCUUGAAUAUCAGCAGUCUGUGUUCCAUUGAUCUAAAAAAGAAUAAAUUGGUAAUUGGCACUACUGGAACAGAGACACCAUUUCUCUCGGAAAAUGAGCUACCAGAAUGUGCACGGUUACAAAUUCCUCAAAUUCUAAAUGUACCAGCAAAUUCUCUACAAGAGCAAGAAGACAGACAGUUAGCUGAGGCACUGGCUAGGUCUGCCGAAGACGGCAACGUGCAAAAUGCUUCACCUUCACCUUCGACCGUAAAAUCGCAAAGGAUUUCUCUCGAGCACAAAGCCACUAGCUCUUCCUGUCCUGGGUCCCAGCCGGCCGAUAACUUCACGGAUAAUGACGUGCAAAGUUUGGUGAAUCUCGGCUUUCCUCGACAACAGGUCGUAGAAGAAUUGAGGAACUUUAACGGAGACACGACGCAAGCGAUGGCAUCCCUAUUUGCAAAAUCGUUAAAAUUACCUUGAUUUUCGUUGCACUGUAGUCCUGUGAAAUAGUGACUAUGUGAAAUGUGACCACGAAUCUCGUACACUUUCUGUAGUCGGUAUUAUUGCUAAAUCGUCGGCACAUUGCAUUAUC